UUUUACUGCGAUUCAGUGAUGCACCUCCCACGUGUGGACAGCAGGGGGCCUUCAGGGACCUCAUGAGGAUCAUCGUGGUCCAGUAACACCUGCGUUACAACAACCUAGAACACUGGGGAGGAGACCGAGAGUGCCGAAUGUCCCACGGCCAGUGAAGGCAUCACUUGCCGCAGUGUUCCAGACGUCACGGACACCUGUCGGUACCGAGCGGCUCUGAUUCUCGUUACCGAGACGAUACCGGACCCCCACGCCAUGAACACGGAGGAGACCAACGUGGACCUGCAGGAUGCCGAGACCAAAGAUGCGGACCCGUACCAGGCUCCGGGUCCUGAUGCGGAUCCGGACCAGGCUCUGGGUCCCGAUGCAGAUCCGGACCAGGCUCCGGGUCCCGCUGCGGAUGCUGAUGCUACGGAGGCCGAUGUGAGCGAAGCGGACCUGGACCAGGAGGAGCAGGAGAAGCAGUCGAUGACCAGAGGAGGAGGAGGUCGGAGAGGAGAGGAGGAGGAGGCCGGCGGAGAGGAGCCGGUCCAGGCCCUGGUCCCGGAGAAGAACGGGUUCGUGAAGCUGAAGAUCCCCGAAGACCAGGAGGACAAAUUCACCGGAUUGAACAAGGAGGAGCUGCUGAGGGUCGCGGGGACCCCGGGCUGGGUGCGGACUCGUUGGAGCCUCCUGGUGCUAUUCUGGUUCUCCUGGUUGGGCAUGUUAGGAGGUGCUGUGCUCCUAGUGCUGCAGGCUCCUCGCUGCAAAGACCUCCCGUCCUCCUCCUGGUGGAGCGCCGGGCCGCUGUACCGCAUCGCAGACGCAGGGGCCUUUAGCCCCGCCCACAACCUGAGGGGUGUGGAGCAGAAGGUGGACUACCUGUCCCGGAUGAAGGUCCGAGGUCUGGUGGUCGGUCCGGUCCACGUGGCUCCAGCCGAUGACGUCAUGGGUCUGAGGUUUGAGGAGGUCUCCUCUGAGUCUGGAACCCUGGACCAGUUCAAGGACCUGGUCCAGGUGGCCCAUAAGAAGGGUAUUUUUGUGGUUCUGGAUCUGACUCCAAACUACCAGGGUUCUUCUGGACCCUGGUUCUCCAACGGCAGUGUGACCAACGUAGCUGAGAGGCUGAAGUUGGCUCUGGUCUUCUGGGUGAAACAAGGCGUGGACGGGGUCCAGUUGUCGGGGGUGGAGCGAGUGUCCAGCAUGGUUCCGUCUCUGUGGACUGACAUCAGAGCCAUCGUCCAGAACGGGACGGAGGAGACCAUCAACAAGAGAGUCCUGAUCGGUGUCACCGAGCGCUCCGCGGCCCAAGACGUGUCUGCCCUCCUCAACUCCACCGGCGUGGACCUGCUGAUCUCUGGCGUCCUCCUGCCCGGCGGCACGGACGCCAUAGAGCGCGCUCAGUCCGUCCAGCUCUUGUACUCGUCCCACAGCCAGCUGAAGCUGGCCUGGAGCCUGGGGGGGCGGGACCAGGGCCACCUGGCCUCGCUGGUGGGCCCGGAUCUGGUCCGACAGUACCAGCUGCUGCUGCUCACGCUGCCGGGGACGCCGGUCUUCAACUACGGGGACGAGAUCGGCCUGAUGGACGAGGGCCACACGUUUCCCAGAAUGCUUUGGGACUCUAACGAGGAGCUGAACGGGACUCUGAAGGAGAAGUGGGCGGGGCAUCGGGCGAGCCUCCGGUUCUUCAGCGCUCUGAGCGAGCUCCGUGGUAAAGAGCGUUCACUGCUGUUCGGAGACUUCCUCCUCCUCUCUAACUCCUCCUCCUCGCUGGCGUACCUGCGCGUCUGGGAUCAGAGCGAGCGCUACCUGGCCGCCUUCAACUGGGCGGAGGAGGCGGCGGUGCUUCAGUUGGGUGGCUUCGCGCUGCCCCGCCGGGCGGCGCUCGUCCUCAGCACCAACGGCGACGCCCUGCCGGCCGGCAGCAGUGUGGACCUCACGGAGCUGCGGCUCGGCCCCGGGGAGGCCGCGCUCCUCAGGUUUCCCUACGCUAGCUAGCUUCACAUUUCAAUGUGAGUGGAGUGUCAAUCACCUCAGCGUUGUUUGGUUUACUGUUAUGAAUAUCAAUGUGAAGAUAAACAACAAUAAAAGCAAAGAAAGUCA